AUUUAAACUCGAUUCUUAAUAUAGGCGUACUUUACACCAAAAUUCGUUUUGUUGAAAAUAAUAUUUUUUUCUGUUGUGAUAUUAGUAUGACUGGGAGCGUGAUUUUAUUAUACAAAUUAAGGACUUUGAGCAUAAAAAAUACCUUUUGUUAACCAAACUGUGUAGAAAAAAAAGUACUUCGUUCUCCUAACUGUAUAAUGGCAGCUCCCACAAGUGUUGUUGUUCUGGACCGGGGAAAUAAUACUACAUGUACCGUCAAUUUGCAUGGAGCAACAGUUGUUUCUUGGAGAGUAAAUAAUCAAGAGCAAAUAUUUGUCAGUAAGCAGUCAAUAUUCGAUGGAAGAAGACCUAUUAGAGGAGGCAUACCCUUUGUUUUCCCUCAAUACGGGUCUGAAAAUCCACAAAUUCCUAAUCAUGGUUUUGCUAGAGUAAGUCGCUGGAAAGUUGAAAAACCACCUGAAGCUUUAAUAGGAGGAGAUGUAGAAGCAGUAUUUUCUCUGAGAGACGAUGAGUUCAUCCGUAACAAUUAUUGGAACUAUACUUUUAGAUUGACUUAUAGGCUAAUACUCAGAGAAAAAGAAUUACAUUUUAUAAUUGCUGUAUUUAAUCCUAGUAAAGAAGUAACAUUUAAAUUUAAUUUGCUGCUUCAUACCUAUUUUAAAGUUCCUGAUGUUAGACGUUGUCAAAUUACUGGUCUUCAUGGAUGUACUUUUAUUGAUAAGACUAGAGUAGGUGUCUUUCAAGAAGGAAGAGAGUCUGUGACUAUCAAUGAAUGGACUGAUCGAAUUUACCAAAACACUAGCCAAGAACAUGUUAUUACAAAUGUUGUAUCUGGAAGGAAAAUGAGGGUACAAAAGUACAACUUUCCAGAUACAGUAAUUUGGAAUCCAUGGUCAGAUCAUGCCAAAGAUGUCUCAGACUUUGGACCUACUGAAUAUCCUAAUAUGAUUUGUGUAAAAUCUGGUCAUGUCUCCAAUCCAGUAGUCCUUCUUCCUGGGACUGCUUUUGAAGCUAGCCAAAUACUGCAGGUUAUGUGAAGAACUUGUUUAACCCGGACUUACAAUUAUGAGUCUAAAGUUAUGUAUGUACUAUUUCUUUGAAAAAUGAUUUUUAAUUGUUAAUUAAUGUCCAGAUGUAAAUUGGACGAUUAUUUUAAAUAAUUCUAAAAUGCAAAAGUAAUUCUGAACUUAUGGUCUUCUGUAACCUGUUCAUUUGUCUAUAUUCAAAAAAAUAUUUUACUCAAUUGCACUGUCUAUGAAACAACAAUUUAUGGUUUUUUCCUAGCAAACAAAUAUGCCGUGUUGUAAUUUUAAAAAAAAUUUGUUAUUUUAUUUUUAAACAUUGUUUUCUAAUUGUAUUUAUAUUAAUAAGUAUAUUGUGUAGAUCUCUGCAUGAAUGGAGUUUCUCCUAUAAUUAUAGUAUAAUGAGAAUUAAGUAUUUAAGUAUGUAUUGUAAUAAUUAAAUCAAGAAAACUUAUAUCCUUCUAGUAUUUAAAUAUUCAAAUUUUGUUAUUUGAUAUCUCAAGAUCUGUAAUGAAAAAAAAAAAAAAUUAUAUAUAAUAUGUGUUCAAUGAAAUAAAUGGCAUUUGUAGAUAAAAUAUACAGCUGUUUCUUUUUAAAU